CUGAGAACACACCAGGAAGCUGAGCGCGGCUUGCUACUAAAUUGUAUUAUCGGAGAAAAGCGUGCAACCCAUCGAUUAUCCGUGUUGUUUGGAAUCCCGCGGCAAAACAUUUUCCUCCAAAACUCAGUUUGCAUUAUUAUUUAAUUUUUGAGCGUUCAUAGCGCCGCGUAAACAAACGCGCUUUCGCGAUGGUGGCGUCGAAGAAAUCGUUCAACAUAGGGGACUUGGUGUUUGCCAAAGUUAAAGGUUACCCGCCUUGGCCAGCAAAGAUUACGCGGAUUGACAAAAGCAAAUACAAUGUCUACUUUUACGGGACCGGAGAAACGGCCAACAUCAAGGUGGAGGAUUUGUUUCCCUACGAAGAAUCAAAGGGAAAAUUUGCGACCGACAAAAUUAUGCGACGUAAAGGAUUCAAGGAGGCCAUGCUACAGAUAGAAGCAGCGCUGAGCGGGGAAGAUCCAAGCCCGCUUUCCUUCGAUGUAGUCGCUGUCCAGUCGGGAGUGGACGACUACGCAAUGAGAAGUGACCUGAAUGAGCCAUCGUUUAGCGACUCACGCAUAUCGGCAAACUCCACCGUGCUAGAUACAAGCACGACACAGCGAGAAAAUGAUGACGUUCACAAUGACAGCGACAUGAAAAUAGCAAAGGAAAGCAAAUCCUCGACAACUAAGAAAACCAUGCCAGUUACUGCUGCUACUGUGCCGGCUAUUCCCCGUUCAACACCGCCCACUGUGGCGAACAACGGUGCGAUACAGAAGGAGGCUGAUGCUGCACAUCCCGACGCGGAGCCAGUGGUAACCACAGCGGAAGCGAAGGAAGUAGUCAGUCGAAGUGGCCGGAAAAUCAAGAUGAAACGGUUCAUGGAUGGGGAUGACGAGGAGAGUGCAUCGCUGGGUCCCCCGGCAAAAAAGAAAGCACCGAAUGUGACUUCGGUCAAAGACAAGGCACCGGCGACACCAGCGGGCACGGGUAUUACAACCAAGAAAUCAAGUGUUUUUGACAAAAUUGAAAAGGAACGAGUGUACUUCCUAAAGCUCGAGCGUGAAAUUGUCCAGCUAAACAUGGAGGUCAAGGCGUCGGUAAAGUUGGCCAGAGCCGAUGCGGAGCGAUGUGUAAGGCUACUGGAACAAUAUCAGAAGUUGGAAGUGACGCCAAUAAUCCUGCUAAAGCACCCUAAUUGUGUUGAAACAAUGAAGAGGUUGCGGAAAUACGUUGGUAAUGCGAAAGCAUGGAAUAUGCCCGAAACGGAACAAGUGAAGUUCGACUUUUAUGCUCAACAAAUCCGAGCUAAAGCCGAGCAAAUCUACAACCGAUUUAAGACGAUUUUCUCAGUUCCGGAAAACAAUUUGUCGUUCUGGGAGUGGUUCCAGCAGAAGGUGGCUUUUUAUCAGCGAGAAAUUGAGCAUCUGACGCCCGAAGAACGUCAUAUGAUCAUUGACGAUGCUGAUGUUCCCAAACAAUCGGAAACUGGUAAUCGGUAUGCAAAGGAAAGUGAUGUAAAGAAAGAAGAUAAGACCGAGACGACAGACACCGAGGAAAGUGCGAUCGUUGCCGAGAAGAGCAAUGACGUCGCCUUGGAGGAGAAUUAACCUAGCGCCAACUCCGUCAGGCGGGCUACGAUCGGUUAAGAGAGCGAGUUUCUGAAUUCCUCACAAUCUAUCCUGUUACCUCCACCGAUCGCAUCUUCGACAGUUAUGGUUUCAAGUUUUCUUCGUAGCUUUCUGCAGUUGCGACCUUACCUUUUGCCCAUUCAAAUAUGUGUUAUAAUAUAGUUUUCUAAAACGGCCCAACGGCUUACGUGGCCUACGUGUACCACGUACCCGCCGUGUGUCAACGUAUAAUUUUUAGUUUAAUGUCUCAAUGUCUCCAAGUUUGAGUUUGUGUAAUUUGACUGCAUUUGCAAGCACCCAUGAGUUCUACGUACAGCAAAAAGCUUCAUAACAAUAAUCUACAGGAUCAAGGGCGCUAUAUCCGUUCAUGGAGUACGAACACGCAGCUCACGGAAAAUGGACUCUUCGGUAACUGUGUGAUGAACAGGGUUUUGGACGACAAAGUUUUUGUUGCAUAUUUUAUUUUACAAAAACGAAUAUUGCAACGCCUACAUACACACAAACAAAUUUACGCCCUGAAAUGUCGGUGUGGCGUACUAUUUUUACGAAAAUUAUUGCAUCCUGACACUGCUUCGCGCGCACGUGUCAUGCAUGUGGUCUAGGGAUGCACAAAUAAAUGAUUACUUAUUAAU